AAUUGUACUCCCGGUACAAAUAUUGUUUUUAACUUGUUAUGUAACCAAGGUUACGUACGAGGAUAUUGUUGCAUGCAUGCUCGCGUUACUAGACAUUCAACGGGUACAUUAUGUCACAGCCAAGUCUAAACAAUAUCUUCUUACGCUACAACUGAUAUACAUUUCCACACACAACUACUACAGGUAACCUUUCUGCGGUAACUACCAAGCACGCUUGUGUGGAAGCAGGUGUACUGAUAUAUGCAUAUUUACGUUUGUGUGACAACCCUAAUUACCCGUUCCGGAUGAAACUGGAAUUUCUAGAACAAAUAUAUCGCCGGAAGGUCACGUUUUGAGAUUGUGAAAGAAGAUAUCAUUUCAAGUAUCAAUUACACGAACGACCAUAGCGUUAAAUCAUGGCGUUUACGUGCGAAGCAGCUCAAACAAGCCUGAUGAAUCCAUCACAAUGCUCUGCUUGCCUGGAGUUGUUAAAAGAUCCGAGAACCCUUCCAUGUUGGCAUUCAUUCUGCAAAGUAUGUCUCGAAGACAUUGUGAAAUCGUGCCGUGAUAAAGCACCUGACGGUCGACAUAUUCGCGAGCUUCCGUGUCCAAAUUGUCACCAGACGUUUACAAUAAAACCUCAAAAGCAGGCCCCCGAUAUUCGACAGAAUCCGUUCAUACGUAAUUUGGUUGAAGAGGCGACCAUACUGAAUCAGACGACCGAGGUUACGUGUUCGCAUAAGUGUACCGAAGGUCCUUCAGUCGCUCGUUGCCUCACCUGUAAGAAAUUCCUAUGCAAGGAAUGUCUGACAGUCCAUAAUAAAUAUCGAGGUCACAGCAAUCAUUCUGUGCUCGCGAUGAAAGAAUUGAUCAAGCCGGAAAAUCGAAAGAAACUAAGAGAGAAGAUAUAUUGCAAUGAACAUCAGGACGAGAUAUUGACGGCUUACUGCCAAACAUGUGACCAGCUUGUUUGUAAGGAAUGUAUGGAGGUUAAACACACCAAGCUAUGCAACCAUUUUCUUUUUUUAGUUCAAAAUGUAGCAGGCUCCUGUAAGGAGAAACUUGUCGCGAAAAGCCAAGCGAUGAAUAAUGCUUUACUUGAAGGCGAUGCUCAUCUUAAAAAAUUACUGUCGGCGAACGAACAACUCUAUAGCGACGCCGCAAAUGCCACGAGGGAAAUUAUUCAGCAAAAAGAAAGCGUGAUAGAAGAGCUCACUAAAAUGGUAGAGCAAAAAGCUGAAGUGCUUUUGAUUGAAGCAGAGCUAAUCUACGCCGCCGAAAAGUUGAAGCUGGAGAGACCGACAGAAGAGGCGAGAAAAUAUGUUGAGAAUUUAAGUCGUUCCGUACUACUUUCCAAAAAGCUAAUCGACAGCGGAACGGACGAAGAGGUCAUGUCCUCGCAAAAAAUGAUGUUGUCUUACGCAGAGAAUCUCCUGAAGAAACCACCAGCUGGCCUUAAGGAAUCAGUACAAGUCGCGAAGUUGAGUUACACUCCGAGUGCAAGCGAACCAUCAAGUAGUGAAGAGAUUAGAAUGGUCUUGGACAAACGUUUUGGGGAAGUCGACGGUAGGAAGACAAACAUUUUCGGGAACAUCCCAGCCCAGGCCCCCGUGAGGCAGAACAGAGUGAUUCGUCGCCCGGUUCGAAGAUUAUAAUAGACCGUUUGCAAAUGGGUGAAAGUUAGAAAUCAGUCAAUGAAAUAAAGACGUCUGCAAUAAACUUUUAGCACAAAUUAAUUAUUAUUUGUCAUCAGUUUAGUAUUUGUCUCUAAACUACAGGGUGUCUCAAAAAAACGAAAACUAUUGAAAUCACUCAUUGUUAAAAUUUGAAUGACGUAUUCUCGAAUUAUAGACCGUGGGAAUUUAAUGCAACUAAUAAAAUGCUAAAUACGAAAAAUUUAAAAAUGUGAAUAUGAUU